UGUAGAUGUCAAGGCCUUGACGGCCAGGUUUCAUGCUAAGAUUGGAAUGGCUGAUAGUGGAGGUGGCGGUCCCCCGAGGACCCUGUUCCCAGGAGCUGGGAGAGGAGGCCCAUUCAACUCAUCAGUGAAUGGAGCCAUCAGACCAAUUAGUCCGAAACCACCUCCAGGAGUACGACCGGAUCUGCAAAGGUUUCCCAAGCCUGCCAUGGCUGAUCCUGAUGCCUCAACCUCAAAGAGGGCCCCACCUAUCCCUGGGGUGUUCCCUAGACCUCCGCCAUCUCACCGCACCGGCCCCCAGGGGCCAAGACUGGCUGCACCUGACACAGAAAGACCAGGGAGGGUCAAAACUACUGGGGAGUUGUUGCAGAGCAAGAUGCUGAAGCAGCUCCCUACCCAGGAGGGACCCAUCACCAAGCCGUCUUCCCCCCUCAUCACGUCACUACGCAGCCAGAGGAGCAUGACCGAAGUAGCCCCCCUCAGGAGGAACCUGCCCCCAGAGGGACCCAGGCCUUUGAAACCCAAACGUCCACCUUAUGUCAACCUGGACCAUUUCAAGAAAGCUGCCCCAGUCCCUCCACAACUUGGACGGCCAGCAUUGGGCAAGACUCAUGGUGGCAGCAGCUCAUCCCUCCCUGGACUGGCCAGCCCAGCUGGCCCACCAAGACUGCCAGCUAAACCCAUGAGCCUAAUCCAGCAACACUCCACUGUCAUCAUAGAAGAUGAUCAAGACACUUACGAUGACAUUGAUGUGCUUCCACCUCCUCCUCCUCCUCCUCCAAAGUAUCCAGGAAGUAGAGAAGAUUCCUGGAAUGACCAUUGCUCCACACAAGGAGAUGAGGAAAGUGGUGGAAGUGAGAUUUAUGAACCUAUUGAUGAACCAGAGGAGCCACCUAAGCACCACACCGCUGACAAGAUGAGGAAGAAAGACAUGAGGCGACAGCAUGAGCUGGAAUUGAAAGAACAGAAGGAAAGACAGAAGAAGGAAAAUGAAUACAAGAAAAAAUUUAAGCUGACUGGGGUGGUGGAGGUUCUUCAUACAGCCAAGGUUCGACAUGACUGGCAGGGGGGAAAAAAUGACCUUUCUGUGCGUCAGGGAGAGAGCAUAGAGAUCAUCCGUGUCAAGAACAACCCAGAGGGCAAAUGGCUGGCCCGCACACUGACUGGCACCUAUGGCUACAUCAGCAACACCUGUGUGGAUGUGGACUACGAGGAAGUAAAAAGGAGCAUCCUUUCCAAAGCAGCUGACCCCUCCUUCCCCCCACCACCUCCUGUAGAUGACGAAUUCUACGAUGAUGUGGGCUCCUCUCACCAAACAGACAGCAGUAUACAUUUGGAGAAUGAUGACGUGUAUGACGAUGUUGAGCCCAUAUCAGAUGAAUUCCCCCUUCCCCCUCCUGAGGCCAGCCUAGAUCCCAAGCUGUGCAAAAAGCUGGAGAAGGAGGAAAAAGAAUUUCGGAAAAAAUUUAAGUUUGAAGGGCCUAUAAGGGUGCUUUAUAAUAUGAUGGUUGACCCCAAUACCAGCAUCAAGAAAGGAAGUGGAAAGGAUCUAACCAUACGGCGUGGCGAGAUCUUGGAAGUCCUUCAAAUUGUUAAUGAAAAGAAGGCACUGUGUCGCAAUGACCAGGGGAAAUAUGGAUAUGUGCCACGGGCCGUCCUCCUACAAGCGGAAGGGGAGAUUUAUGACGAUAUUGAUAACCAAGCAGAUGUCUAUGAUAAUGACUCCAGCACAGAUGUGUCACUGAAGCCCUUUUCCUGAAGACAGCAGUAAUUAUUGUGGACAGAUACAAGCCUUUUCUAUUUGUAUGUCUAACCUGAGAAAAUAUUUAUUACUGCAAGAGAAGGAUAUCUUUACAUUUAUCAUGAACCAUGGUACCAUCUAAAAUGAUUAGGUCUUUACUGAAAAGCGAGG